CCGUGUUUCGGUACUCAACCCUAGACGGGACAGUCGCUAUGGAAAUAAAUUUAUGUAGCAUUGAAUAGUGGAUUUCGACGGUAUUUAUUGCAUUGUUAAUGUGCCUGACAUUCUGGGACAAGCUGCACAGAAUGAACCCAGGUGAAAACAGUGAGCAAAAUGAGCAGGUAGAAUUUGGUCUCUGCUGCCAUCUAGUGGUGAUCAGCAGACUCGCCUUGAGGUGUAACAGGUACACAUCACGUUUUCCAUCAAGUCAAGGAAAAUUUGCAGUUGUAAGAAAGUCUAUUAGAGCAGACAAUCAAAAGACUCGACUGCAUCACGUGAUUUAAGAGAAUUCCCGAAUCUGCGGGACUUUCAGUUUCACUUUCCUGUCAUCCAGGGAGUGGUGAGGUCGUUCUAAUAUCCUAAACCUGUUUUGGUGAUGGAAACUGAUGUUUGUGCGUCCAUGAGAAUAGAUGAAGACAGAUAGGAGGCUUCUUUGUUGGAUCACUUCCUUUUGAAACUUCACACACACGAAAAGAACCAAGUGCACACCUACAGGAAAUAACUUUGGUAAAGGAGAGCGCCUGUUCUCAGUUGAGAGUGAAGCUGGUGGUGGUGAUGAUGAUGAUGAUGAUGAAGACGGAGAUGGCUGCUGUCUUUGUCAACACGCUCCUUCUGCUCUGCUGCUGCUUCAUCACCUCCACAGUUUCUCAGGAGAAUGUCUAUGCUGCAGCAGGUGAGGAUGUCACGCUGCGGCUGAAAAACAAACUGGACUCAUCAGAACGCCUGUACUGGAAGCACAACGGAACACAAAUUGCCUUGAUGAAGUCAGGAAGAGUUGUUAUCGGGGUAGACGAAGGCUUAGGGACAGAUGGAUCUUUGACACUGAGGGACUUGAAGAAAGGCUCUGUGGAAGUUUACACCUCACAGAUUUUCAAGGGAGGUAAUCUGGAGCAUGAAAACACCUUCAUUGUACGUGUGCUGGACAAGGUCCAGAAACCUACACUGGUGGCUACCUGUGAGAAACACACAGAGACUUUCAAGUGUCAAGUUCCUCAGGCCGAGGGUCUGACCAUCGCAUGGCUGCAGGAUGAGAAGCCGCUGAAAGAGACCGGCCCAACUCUGACACGGGACCCAAAAAAACUGACAGCAGAGAGCAGCUUCAAAUGCAACGUUUCCAACCACAUCAGCUUUGAAAUCAGCCAGCCGGUUAAAAAAACCUGUCCUGUGCCUGAUCCACCUGCCACUAAAGAGUUAUUUGGCUUUGACUUCUGGACCAUGGUGGGCAUCCUGGCUGGUGGAGGAGGUCUUGUUCUGCUGCUGAUUAUCGUCACCAUCGUUUUAUGCACCCGGGCCAGACGCCGACGACACAAUCGACUGAAGGCGGAGGGGAGGGGAGAGCUUGAAAUGGCAUGGUCCAAUCAACAGUAACAACAACAACAGCAACAGUACCAGCCGGCCAGACACGGUGGUCCAGGGCUCAAGGCCAGCUGAGGUAGAUGAGGACCAGCCUCCUCCUCUUCCUCAGCCCAGGAAGAAAGGUCCCAGAACUCAAAGAACGAGAUAUGACGUCAAUCCAUGAUUUCAGGAGAUGGAUCCUCUCGUCCUGGUCUCGCCUGCCUUUCUCUGCUCCUUCAGUCUCCUCCUUUACCGAUUCCCCUCACUCCUGAUCUUCUCCUGUGACAAAACCUCAAGAUCAAGUAUUUUAUGAAAUGUUUCAGUCGAAGACAUUUCACUUCUUUGUGCUUUGGGGCUCAAAAACAUGGUGUCGUGAAAAGCAUUUUCUGUAAAGCAACUGUGCUCUUUAUUCUGUAACACAGAAAAAGCUGUGCAAUUCUGAAAUUUUACCUUAAACUAUGAAUAGUCACACUUAAGCUAAAAUGUAAAUGUAAAUGUAGCUUAAUCCUCUACAUGCAAAUGAGUUUUGAUGACAUCACAAAACAGACAAACAAACUUUGGGGAACUUCUGGGUUGUUUUCCCUUGUACAGACUCACAGUGCUAAUAUGGUGAUGUAUUGUUAACUAAAUCUUUCUUAUCCCAUACUCUGACAUUUUAUAAUAAAGCACAUUCUGGUGUGAGUGGAUCUUC